AUGCUCCACCUCAUUGGCCUGGGCCUCGCCGACGAGAAGGACGUCACCGUCCGCGGCCUCGAGAUCAUCAAAAAAGCCGAGCGCGUCUACCUCGAGGCUUACACGGCCGUCCUGCUCGUCGACCAGGCCAGAUUGGAAGCAUUCUAUGGCCGCUCCGUCAUCAUCGCCGACCGUGAGAUGGUCGAAUCCGCCAGCGAUGACAUCCUGGCCGACGCCGACAAGGUUGACGUCGCCUUUCUCGUUGUCGGCGAUCCCUUCGGCGCUACCACCCAUACCGAUCUCAUCCUCCGCGCGCGCGAGCUGAACAUCCCCACCAACACGGUUCCGAACGCGAGCAUUCUGACCGGUGUCGGCUGCACCGGCCUGCAGCUAUACAACUUCGGUCAGACCAUUAGCAUGGUUUUCUUCACCGACAACUGGCGCCCGGCAUCCUGGUACGACAAGAUCCUCGAGAAUGACACCAUUGGGCUGCACACCCUCGUCCUGCUAGACAUCAAGGUGAAGGAGCCAAACCUGGAUGCUCUUGCUCGCGGCAGGAUUAUUUACGAGCCGCCAAGGUUCAUGACGGUCGCUCAAUGCGCCCAGCAGAUGAUUGAGAUCGAAGAAGAGAAGGGCAAUGGCGUCUGCGGAAAGGCCGCCCUUGCAGUGGGCGUCGCCCGCGUUGGUGCUCCCGACCAGACGAUUGUGGCGGGCACGCUCGAGCAGCUGAGCCAGUCUGAUCUUGGCAAACCGCUGCACAGUUUGGUUCUGAUUGGCAGGAACACUCAUGACUUGGAGAGAGACUAUCUCAAGGCAUAUGCUGUGGACCCGGAGACAUUUGAUGCCGCAUGGGCCACUAAGAAUGAGCGCAAGUGA